AUGCAGUGUAGCCUGUUAAACCUGUCUGGUGAUGACAACACUAAAGUUACUUACAGCUUCUGAUCAGUAAUGUAACAGGUGGGUUAGAAUCUGAUCCUCAAUCUGAUCUUAGUCCUGACUCGGUGAAGAACAGGUGGGUUAGAAUCUGAUCCUCAAUCUGAUCUUAGUCCUGACUCGGGGAAGAACAGGUGGGUUAGAAUCUGAUCCUCAAUCUGAUCUUAGUCCUGACUCGGUGAAGAACAGGUGUGUUACUGUCAUACAGCCUCCAUUUUGACUGAGACACAGAGGAGACUUGCGAGACAGCAGACUGACACAACACACAACUACAAUCAGUACACAAGAACCUCAGCUCUCUUCCUCUCCUCCCUGUCUGCUACGGUGGGCUCCUCUCCCCCUGUCUGCUAUGGGGGGCUCCUCCUCUAAGAAGACUGUAUUUGGGGGGAGAAAGAAGAAACAGGACUCAGUGUUGACCUGGACUGAACUGAAGGGGGCACUAUCCAGUAAGAAACAGGACUCAGUGUUGACCUGGAGUGAACUGAAGGGGGCACUAUCCAGUAAGAAACAGAAGAGAAGCAUCAUUAUUCCUCCUCUGGACAAACUGUCAGUGGAUAACCUGAAGAGGGAGGUCCUUACUCCCAAUAAUACGUUUUCAGUGGCCGGGAAGAGGAAGGAGUCGCUGUCAAUCAAGAGGCUGUCAUUGGGUAACUCUAGGAAGGAGUCAGUGUCACCGAAGUCUCUCUCUCUGGGUAAGAGGAAGAAAGGAGAGCAGAAGAUAUUCUCUCUGCUUAACACCAAGAAGGAAUCACCUCCUCCACCACCAGCCAAAAAUAUAUUCUCUCUGCUUAACACCAAGAAGGAAUCACCUCCUCCACCACCAGCCAAAAAUAUAUUCUCUCUGCUUAACACCAAGAAGGAAUCACCUCCUCCACCACCAGCCAAAAAUAUAUUAUCUCUGCUUAACACCAAGAAGGAAUCACCUCCUCCACCACCAGCCAAAAAUAUAUUCUCUCUGCUUAACACCAAGAAGGAAUCACCUCCUCCACCACCAGCCAAAAAUAUAUUCUCUCUGCUUAACACCAAGAAGGAAUCACCUCCUCCACCACCAGCCAAAAAUAUAUUAUCUCUGCUUAACACCAAGAAGGAAUCACCUCCUCCACCACCAGCCAAAAAUAUAUUCUCUCUGCUUAACACCAAGAAGGAAUCACCUCCUCCACCACCAGCCAAAAAUAUAUUAUCUCUGCUUAACACCAAGAAGGAAUCACCUCCUCCUCCACCAGCCAAAAAUAUAUUAUCUCUGGUUAACACCAAGAAGGAAUCACCUACUCCACCACCAGCCAAAACGAUAUUCUCUCUGGUUAACAUCAAGAAGGAAUCACCUCCCAAAGAGAGAUUAUCCCUGGCAAAUGUUAACCCCUUACUUUAAACCUGACCUCGGCCCUGGACAGAGAGACGGAUGGAUGGACAGGCAAGCAGACAGGACAGACCGGUGGACAGAGAGACAGGUGGAUGGAUGGACAGACAGUCAGAGAGACCGGUGGACAGAGAGAGACAGGUGGACAGAGAGUGUUUAACUUCUAGUUUGUGUCUUUAUUCUCGUUCCUAGCAGCAUCAUAAAGACAGACAUGAUCAAGCGAUGGCCGCCGCCAGGCAUAACCAAGCGAUCAGGCAGACAGACACAGAUUAGGAAUGUGUUCAUUUUUCUGGCUUUAUUUAGAGAUGUUUUGGUACAAAAAUAAAACUAAAAAACAGUAACAGAUUUUUUUAAAUGAAAGAGAAAAAUAACAGCUUCUCAACAUGUAGUCUGUAAUUUGGGGAAAUUAUUUUUAUGGUGAAAAAUGUUUUCAUAUGUGCUUAUGAAAAUAAUGCAUAUUAACAGGCAUAUUUCAAUAUUCAUAACCAGCAUUUCCCUUUUAUAGUUUCUCAGUUAUAAACAUUUUCCCUUUUCAGAGAUGAUUUCAGCCAGUAAUGGUGAGAGUUGGGGUACGUACCAGUAAUCUCUCCUUAAGGGUGCACCCGUUCACUACAGAGUCAGAGAUGGACAGACAGUCAGAGAGAGGGAGAGAUGGACAGACAGUAACAGAGAGACCGAUGGACAGACAGUAACAGAGACAGAUGGACAGACAGUAACAGAGAGACCGAUGGACAGAC